UUUUAGAUGCGCGCUGGACUGGAAAUAGUUCUAUUAUACUUACUAUUCAAGCGCCCAAUUCACCUGCAGCACUUGGCCAUUUUACUUUGAAUGAAAAUAUUUUUGGAAUUCAAUAUAGGUUUGCCCAGGAUGCGUAUUUUAUAAAUGGUUAUGAUGAAAAAAUAACCAAUGAAAACUAUGCAGGAGCUAAUCCAGUAGAUGUGGAGGCCAUAUAUGGUGAGAAUUUUAACAUGCAUCGUGGUGCAAUAAUAACGGUUGCUGUUUCAAUAUAUUAUAGUAUUACCGCCUUACAAAGACUACGAUCAUAUACUUAUGGUGAUUUGCAAAAACUUAUUCUUGAAUUUUUUUGUAAGAAUGUAAAGAAUGAUUUCAAUGGAGAUCCUGACGAAUUUGAAACCAUUGAAUUGGUUCUCGAUAGAGAUUGUCACUUAUUGGUUGACUAUAUUACUGGGGCAGAAAGAACCAACUUGGAAAAUAGUGAAUGGAUUAUUGAAUUAAAGUUCGAGACAGUGAAAAAAAAUGCCAUGUUUUUGGUUAGAGGAUUUAGUGAAUCACCAUACUUAAUAAAACGAGUCCGAGAAAGAUUCCAAGAACAUGUACCCAUUAUUGCGGUUCCUAAUCAGCCGAUAGCGGCCACCGUUAAAGGCACUGUAAAAUACGGUCUAGAUAUGAGCUUGGUCGAAAGUCAAGCCCUGAAAUGGACUACUCUGCGUAUUCAUUACAAAAGAAGUGAGGCCAAAUACAUUAAGGAUGCCGGAAUGCGGGAACUUGGUACUGUAAAAUUUGAAUUAAAGUUUGGAAUGAUGGAAAUAAAAGCCACGGCUAAAAAUAAA